UCGCCUUACGCGGAAGUGCACUCUUUGUUUCCUUUUCCUUAAAUUUUCAAAACAAGAAAAUUUUGAACUUAAUUUUCCAAACAUGGAAGUAACAGAUUUAAGUGAUAUAUUAAAUGUGAGAUCCAUCAAAAUGGAAACUAGUGACGUUAGUUUCGAUGAAACAAGUGCUGUUAGUGAUCCGAUGUCGAUUAUACCUCAAUAUGUUACCGAGAGUGAUUUAGGAUUGAUGCAGACGGGUAAUGAGAUGUUGCCCGCACCAUUAGCUGUUUUCACUGAUACACCAGACGAUGAAGACACACUACAGAGCAACGAAAGUAGUGAGGAAAUUAUUGUUCAGUUAAUGGACAUCAGAACGCGACUCUCCCGUCUACGGGACAUGCUCGAGAGGAGGCUGGCGACAGAUCUAUCGGACUACACGUUUUGGUUGCAGGACGCUAAAAUGUUGGAGAACCACAAGACCUUAGUGGAGCAGUGUAUCCGGGGCGAAGGCGUCGUCCAAGUGAACAUACAGAUUAAGGUGGCCGAGAAGAAGAUAAACAUACUAGACGUCCUGAAGCCUGAUGAGGAGGUGGUCCAGCUGCCCAGGAGGCACGCAAGCCUGGAUCUGGACGACACGCUCUCGCUGACCGAGGAGCAGGGGGAGGGCCACGCCGCUGACCCGGGGCACCCGCACGCCGCCGCCGUCAAGUGGGUGGUCGAUGCGCAGUUCAAGAGCGAUCACCGCAUCAGGAUACCCGACGACCCGGCUGACUGGUCGGUGCAGCACGUCAAGCUCUGGAUCCAGUGGGCGGUGAGACAGUUUAAUUUGACCGGGAUAAAGUUGUCAGACUGGAACAUUGCCGGGACGGGACUGUGCACGAUGUCCAAUGUGGAAUUUAAGGAAAAGGUGCCGUCGGAUCCCGGCGACCUCUUCUGGACACACUUUGAGCUGUUAAGGAAAUGUAAAUUUAUCGCCGUUGUCCAGAAUGAGGAGCAGCCGCCGAAGGAUCCUUUGGAGCUGCAUCAGUCGGUGAUCAAGAAACGACCCAAACAGGUAGUCACUCAGCAGAGCGACGAAGACGCCACCACUUACGUCACCAGGAGCGGCAACAAUGGGCAGAUCCAGCUGUGGCAGUUCCUGCUGGAGCUGCUCACCAGCGCGGAGUACUUCAAGAUCAUCAGGUGGCACGGCACCGAGGGGGAGUUCAAGCUGCUGGAGCCGGAGAAGGUGGCGUGCCUGUGGGGCGCGAGGAAGCUGAAGCCGGCCAUGAACUACGAGAAGCUGUCGCGGGCCCUCAGAUACUACUACGACGGGGACAUGAUCGCCAAGGUCUCGGGGAAGAGGUUUGUAUACAAGUUCGUCUGCGAUCUGAAGCAGCUGAUCGGGUACAGCGCGGAGGAGCUGGCGCAGCUCGUGAAGGAGGUGCACGACUCCAGGACAUGCCAGCUGGACAGAUAAUAGACAUGACAUCGACAAAAAAAUUUUUUUUUUUCAAUAAUCCAAUUCCUCUUGUGACACCCCUGACGACCGCCACCGGAUCCGCCUCAACAAAAUAAAAACUAUAUAUUUUUUUUGUUAAAUUAAUUCGCUGCCGUGUCUGUUAGUCAAAAAAAAUUAUUAGGUCUAUGUUUAGACGAAACGGAAAUAAAGUGAAGUUUUUUUUAAAUGCGUGGAUUGGGUCAUGGUAUGUUUUGGUGUCAAGUGUUAGCUAGAGCCCGUGGACAUCGGUCAUGUUGAUUUCCCGAAACAUGAGUCCAAAGUCUCAGUAUAGUUACAACUCAUAGAGGUGCUACCGCUAGUAAGAAACCACUUGCUAUUAUGACGCCAUCUUAAUUUGCUGUCCUUCAGUGAACACUUUUUAUUAUACUGAGAUGGUUCUUCUUACCUCUACCCUCCAUAGUCUAGGGGCACUCUUUUUUUUCCGUAUGGCAAUAACCUUCUUGCGACGCCAUUGCUGCCAGUAACGAGUUUUUAACAAAGUUCUUCAGUUAUGAAAUAAUAAUUCUGUUGUAUGAAAAUUGAUACGCCAAAAUGAGACUAAUCGAUUUGGGACGAAAUGAAAUGAAAUUUAAGAAGAGAUGAAAUAAACUAUUCCAGGGACGUAGUAUCGAUAGUUUUAGGAACAAAAAAAAAAGUUAUAAAUCAAUUAUAAAAAAUAAUUACAAAUAAUCAUAAACUAUUAGAGUAGGAUACUAAAUUAAGAAGGAAAGAAACACUUCUCUACGUUAAUAGUAAUAAAAAUAAUAAAAAGUUGAAAUUUUGAAUACUGCAUAUUUUUUAAUUGCACCAUUCACGAAAAAUAUUAAGUCGUUCAACUCAGCACAUUUGACUCUGUUUAAAACUGCUGUAUUCAUAUCAGUUCCACUUCCUACACUAAGGCCAUUUCGGUGAGUCUUCCGACAAUAAUACGCUGGUUAUAGGCGGACAUUUUUUCAAUUUGUCCCAUAAACAAAAUGGUGCUUUUUACUUCUACCCUCCAUUUCUAAGGAGUUAUUCCAGCUACGCCCUAACGGGUAGAUGAUCACACAGGCUCAACUCGAGAGGGCUUACUAACACUAAGCCUAGCAAGAGCAGUGCUUCGCUCAAUCUACCACCGGAUCGCGACCCACUGAAGAUCAGUGUGCUUAGUGCGAGUUUUCUAACGUUCUCGAUAG